GGAAGUGCAUUGGCAAAUCAACCUCAAGCGAGACUUCAUUUUUCAAGCGAGCUCUGGAGGGAAUCAAAACAGGGCCCGGGAUUAGAAGAAGUGGCACAGUACAGAGACGCUUGGAAAAAUAGCCACGUUUAAAAAGCAAAAUAAAACCCCGGUUCAAAAUGUCCCUCAAGCUGCCGCGGAAUUGGGAUUUCAACCUGAAACUGGAUGCUGCAAAAAUAGCUCGUUCCAGGAGCGUGAUGACCGGUGAUCCCAUGGCGGCCUGCAACUGGGCAGCCUCCCCCAACCUGCUGGAGCGGCCCCUGAAGAUCGGCUGGCUGAAGAAGCAGCGCUCCAUCGUCAAGAACUGGCAGCAGCGGUACUUUGUACUGAGGGGCCAGCAGCUGUGUUACUACAAGGACGAGGAAGAUGCCAAGCCCCAGGGCUGCCUAUUUCUGCAGGGAAGCACUAUCAAGGAGGCAGUCAGCAACCCAGAGGAAGCGGGGAAGUUUAUCUUUGAAAUCAUUCCGGGGGUCUCGGGAGACCAGAAUCGAACAGGACAAGACUCCUAUGUACUGAUGGCCAACUCCCAGUCCGAGAUGGAUGAGUGGGUUAAGUCGAUCCGAAGAGUGGUGGGAUCUCCAUCAGGAGUGGUAUUUGGCCAGCGCUUGGCUGAGACUGUGGCAUAUGAACAGAAAUUCGGGCAGCACCUGGUCCCCAUCUUGGUGGAGACAUGCGCAGAGUUCAUACGCGAGCACGGCAUGAAUGAGGAGGGCAUCUUCCGACUGCCUGGCCAGGACAACCUGGUGAAGCAGCUGAGGGAUGCAUUUGACGCUGGGGAAAGGCCAUCUUUUGACCGCGAUACAGAUGUACAUACGGUGGCCUCUUUGUUCAAACUCUACCUGAGGGAACUCCCGGAGCCCGUUGUACCGUGGUUGCAGUAUGAGGACUUCCUCCUGUGUGGAAUGCUUCUGAAUGCUGAUGAAAUGAAGGGUCAUCAGGAGCUAGUGAAGCAGCUGUCCCUGCUUCCCCGAGUCAAUUACAACCUCCUCAGUUAUAUCUGCAGGUUCCUACAUGAAAUACAGCUGAACUCCAGCGUCAACAAGAUGAGUGUGGAUAAUCUGGCAACAGUGAUUGGAGUGAAUCUCAUCAGGCCGAAGAUAGAGGAUCCUGCAGUUAUUAUGAGAGGCACCCCCCAGAUCCAGAGAGUGAUGACUGUGAUGAUAAGUGACCAUGCCAAGCUCUUCCCCGUAUCAAAAGAUGAACCCCCUUCUCCACCCGCCCAAAGGAACGAUUCCAAGAAGAUCCAAGUGCCGCGCAGUUCCGUGGGCUGGGAUGCUGCAGAAGAUCCACCAGUGUCCAAGGCAAACACUGUAACCCAGGGCCAAACGAGAGAUGACCUAGAUACCGGCAGUCCCACUUCCUCUGGAGCUGCUGUCAGGCUGGGCGCAUCUCUCGAAGAUGAUUUAAACCAACCCAAAGAUAUGUUGGAAAUGUGGAAAAUACAGUCCAGGAAAAGAACUCAGACCCUUCCUAACAGGAAAUCCUUCCUAACUGCUUCCUCUCAGGGGGAGAAAGCCAGCAGCGAUAAAAAUGACAUAUUCAGCAAUGACUUUUGGACAUCUUCAGGAAGUCAGUUCUCUCCUACUUCCCCCACGGAUGGACACAAAAGAACAUUGUCUCAAGAUCUUUUUAAGCUGCUCGACCUUCACCGGACUUCAACCUACGACAAUGUCCCUACCUGCCAGGCAGAGAGUGGGGAGAGUGCUUGUACUAGCCCUCUCAGCACAGCAAGCAGCAGCUCCAAGAAAGAUUUGUUAGCAAACCAAAGCCCUAGCCUUGUGCCAAAGGAACUAUCGGGUCCAAACAUCAGUGCUGAGGACUGUGGCUCUGGUCAGGAGAACCAGGAGUUCCUUCGAAAGGUGAUCCUGGAGCUGAAAAAAGAAAUAGAAAUGCAGAAAAAGGACUAUGAAGACCAAAUUAAAAGCCUCCAGAAGGAGAACUAUGAAGUCUGGGCCAAAGUGGUGCGAUUGAAUGAAGAGAUCGAGAAAGAGAAGGAGAAGUUUGCGGUGCUGGAACUGAAGCUUCAGAAUGUGGAGCGCUCACGGGAAGACAUUGAGAAGAGGAACAAGGUGCUGGAGCAGGAGAUCCAGGACUUUGGCAAAUCCAUGAGUAAUCCCAGGGACAAAAGAAAAUAAGAGAACGGACCUGGAUGUGCACACACGUGGAGUACAGCUGCACGGUGGAUUAUCCUCCCGCUUCAGAUAGGAAUUGCCAGACUGGAUUGAACCAGGGGUCUCUCUUGUCCAGAAUUCUGUUGCUGUGAAUGGCCAGCACCAGCUGCUUCAGAGGAGAGUGUAAGGAGCCGUACAGGUUAAUCUUCCUCUAGGGAAAGUUCCUUCCCCACCUCAAGUAGUGAGAGGUUUGUUUAUGCCCUGAAGUAGGAGGGUUUACAUCCUUUUCAAAGCUCUCUCUUUUUUUUUUUUUUUUUUUUAAUCCUACUCUGUUCAUGUUAUCCAUAUACAUGGCCAAUAAUUUUUUGAAUUCUGCUAAACACUUGGCGUGAAUAAUACCAUGUGGCAGGGAGUUCCACGUGCUGAUUGUACAUGAUUCCCAUUCACAAUGGCCCUGAAAGAAUCUCUCUGUCACACACCAGUUCCCUGGCCUGAAGGGUGAUAACACUCGUCCUGGGAGAAAGGACUGAUGGUUUUUAAGUUUCUCAGAGGGGAACAAAAAUAACAUUGAAAAAUUGGAACCAGGAAUUUGGAAGAGCCUGUGUCCUUAUCAUUAUAUAGGUGACUGCUUUGAGUUUGGUUGGACAUUGUACUGCACCCUACGGUUAAAUCCUUUUUCUCCAUCCUCUGCUCCUAGGCUGAGUGAAAUUACAGUUUUCAGAAUAAAGUCUACAUUUUAGUAUUGCUGUCAGAAAGAUGGAUAAAACCAACUAGAUCACCUUAUGCACCCCUCCACCUCAGAAGUCCAGUGCACAAUUGUUCCCCAGAGUAUAUUGUACCUGUCACACUUUAUAUUAAGGUUCCAUUUAUAAAUAGUCUAUAACAGGUUAAUAAAUCAUAACUGUUGUUUUAAUAAAUGGUUAGUCAAUCAUUUUAGAUUGCUAUGGACUCCAAUAGGCCAAUAGGUUGCUUAUAAACAUAACAUGCUAAUAAUGUGCUUAUAACCAUCUAUAACACAUGUAACCUGCUUAUAAUGUCAUUUA